AUGGACAAUAAUUCUGAAAGUAGUGAUGAUUACAGCUCAGAGUACGAGAUAGUGCAGCCCAGCCUCUUUAAUUAUUUGCGAGUAUUUUGUGACGGAGCUUUCGGUGUAGCCAAGUUCAUUGACGAGGCAGAAAUCUUCUAUACAAAAAAGCCCAAGAUAGAGCCAAAAGGCUGGAAUCUACUGCAAGAGCCCAUAUUCGACAGUUGUUCUGCGAACAAAACCAACUUUAUGAUAUGUACGUACGCCUUUAUAUCCGGAGCAGCUAUUUUUACUGCAGUGAUAUCCUGGUAUGAAAUGCCCGGAGUCUUAAUCCGAGAUAUCUUUUUGUUGUUGGGGAGUUUCUUUGUGGUGAUCCUAGGGAGUGGACUCUUCCACAGGCCGAGACUCUUCGUAUUCCAAGUCGUUUGUCUGCUUUACAUAUGGCUUCUCACGCUUCCUUGGGGGGCUUUGGGUGCCUGGGCUGCCCUCGGGAUAUUCUCAGCGAUCGCAUACUUCGCGGAUAAGAGCCAGGAUUUUCCUGUGACUUUUAUGAUUGUUUUCAUCUUUCUCACUGCGUACUACUACCUCCUGAUGGGAUUUGAGGCACUUUCUCCGUAUAUGUACGGGAACAUCGUCAUAGUUCCGAGCCUUUUCUCGCUCGUAUGCAUGUUUGUGUGGGGUUCCCACGGGGCAUUCACGGAGUUCUGGAAUGAGUCCGCACUCAAACUGCGCAAUCCCACGGAAGAGAAUCCGUGCAUAAAAACGGCCAGGACCUGGAUCCAGUACAUCCUGAGAAUAGAGCAGGACUCUGCAAUCUCAGGGCCCCCAGAUAAUAGCUUUCACACAUACUAUUGGUCGAAUAGGAGAAUACACACGGUAUUCCUGUUGGGGAUAGGAUUAGCAGUGUCAGCUCUUUUCGUGGAUUCGCACGGUCUGAAAGCUGCUUUUCCCAAUGGUAUUAUCCAGAUAGCGGAUUGA